CCCUAGCGCCGCACCCCUUUUGAUUUUUUUUCUCUUUUCUUUAGUUCCAAGUUCCAGAGAGUUCCACACUUCCACUCCUACGCUGCGCAGCCUCCCUGCCCUCCCUAGUCCCCUUUUCUUCUCUCUUCACACUGCACCGACGCCGAUCUUCUCCGUCGUGGGUAUGAAGUUCUGAAGGGAACCCGUGUGUUCGUCAAUGUCUGGAUGUUGCAUCGAGACCCAAGGGUUUGGCCGGUCCCGGAAGAGUUUUUGCCGGAGAGGUUUCUGACGAGCCAUGCAAAUAUCGAUGCUUCAGCCUUCACCGUUUUAAGUUCACGCUGUUUGGGUCCGGUAGACGGUCUUGCCCGGGCUUCACGCUUGCCUUGCAAAUAUCGCACCUUUAGAGUGAAGACUGACGCUGGCUCGCUUGCUUCAGCCUUCAGGGAUUUGAGUGGACAACGCCGCUGAACCCGCCCCGCCCCACAAACCCGCGCCCCCCGCCCCGCACGUACCCGCACCGCACGGAUUUCACUACUUUUUAGCGGUUCACGGGUCCAAUUUCCCCUGCCCGCAGGGUGUGGGGCGGGUCCAAAGAGACUAAGAGUGUGAGGCUCGCAAUGGAGGGAUUGAAGGUAUCAGAUGCCAAUUUGAUAGUCUACGUGCACCCAUCCAAGAGUACCAAGGUUUCCCAAGCGGUCCUCCGUGAGCUUAGCUCUAUGCUUUUCAAGUUUAAUGAAACCUUUGAAGGCGUGGUAUUAGCUUAUGACGUCCAAAUUCAAGAUAAACUUGCGAAGAUUCUUCCUGCAAUUCAUCCUUAUUUUGGUGUAAGCCUAAAAGCAAAGUUAUUACUUUUUGCUCCAAAGCCAAAUAUGCUAUUAGAAGGGAAGGUAGUGAAGCUUACACAAACAUCUAUUCAUGUCAUUGUUCUUGGUUUCUCAUCUGCUGUCAUAACAGAUGAAGACGUUCGAAAAGAAUUCAAAUAUAAAACUAAACAUGGUGAGGAACUAUAUGCUAGCAGAUCUCACAAGCCACAUGUGAUAAAGGUUGGAACCAUGAUACGCUUUUUAGUCAAGAGUUUUGAUGAGGAAAUACUGCACAUUUCUGGGUCUCUAGUUCCAACUAACACAGGAAGCAUUCGUUGGUUGGCUAAACAUAUGGAAGAUGUUCCACCAAUCGACAGGAGUACAAAGAAGAGGGGAGAAAGUGAGGGAGAAACGGUAAUUCAAGAGCAUUAUACUGUAGUUGGUGAAGCUUAUUCCUGGCAAAGUGACCAUCAAAUCAAGAAAUCAAAGAAACGUAAGAUUAAACAGGAGUCUUAAAGACUAUUUGUACUCUUGUUUAUCAUGCGAGUGUGCAAGGCAAUUUCAGCUUUCAUGUAAGCCUCUUUAUGGCAUUGAUGUUUUAUUAUAAUGCCUAGAAUUUUUGUUGAUGUAUACGAGUCUGAUGACUUUUUCUUCACCUCAUUAAGCUUAUAAUAUCAAGAUAACAUUUUUGUCAA